AUGGAGCCUCAAUCAGUUUCAGCAACUUCAACAAAUGAUAAUUGGAAAAAGGAAAUGCAAACUGAGUAUCAAGCUCUAGUUCGGAACAAAACGUGGCACUUAGUCCCCCGUCUUCAAAGCAUUCUUUGGUUGAAAGCAAGCAAUGACAAAGAACUUAUACAAGCUUUCAUUCACAAGUUAAACAAGAUUUUUGCUCUAAAAGACAUGGGGUCUCUACACAAUUUUCUGGGCAUUAAAGUUCACAGAGAUGAGACUGGUGUUCUUCAGUAUCUCACGCGUACUCGGCCAAACAUAGCAUACACUAUCAACAAGCGGAGGCAGUUUCUUCAACAACCAACUAUGGUUUAUUGGCAAGCAAUAAAAAGGGUUUUUCGUUACUUGAGUGGAACUGCUCAUGUUGGGUUGCACAUCAAAUACAAUGAGAGACUCCAUUCAAGUGGUUUUUCAGAUGUUGAUUGGGAUAGUUGCCCAGAUGAUCGUCGUUCAAUUAUAGGAUCUCGUGUUUACUUUGGUGACACUUUGAUUUCUUGGUCUUCUAAGAUGUUGUAG